GGAGGUUUGAACGGCGGCGCCGCCGAGGAGGAUGAGGAUGAUGAGGCGGCAGCAGCCCGGCGGGCCGGGCGCCGCGGGGCCGGAAUGUGACACCCAAGAGAAGAUCAACUUUGAGGUCCGCAUGCGAGAAGGAAUCUGCAAGCUGCUGGCAGUGAGCACGCAGAAGGAGCAGCUGCUGCGUGCUGUGAAGAGCCUGAUGGUUUGCAAUGCUCGCAUCCGGGCCUACAGGGCACAGCUGCGGGGCCCAAAGGAGGAGCCCAGCCCGAGCAGCACUGAGGAGCAGUCUUCAGAAAAUGGGACAAAAGACCGGAUGGCAUGCAGAGCAAGGGUUGCUAUAUCAGAUAUUCGAAUACCAUUAAUGUGGAAAGGCUCUGACCACUUCAGCAAAAAAGAAAAAUCACAGCGCUAUGCAGUGUUUUGUUUGUUCAGAAUGGGAGCUGAGGUUUUUGAUACUGAGGUGACUAUUGUGGAUGAAGCAAUAACAGAUAUCUGUUUUGAAAAUGUAACCAUAUUUGAUGAAGCAAGCCCAGAUUUCCAGGUGAAGGUUGAAGUGUAUAGCUGCUGUACAGAGGAGUCUUUAUAUAUAACAAACACUCCUAAGAAACUGGCAAAGAAACUUAAAACAUCCCUCAGCAAAGCUACAGGGAAGAAACUCAAAGCUGCACUGGAAGAAGACAGCACUGAACCCCUUUUGCCUGCUGACCCAGUCAUCCAUGGAGCAAAGUACAGUUUGCUGGCAUACACCACUUUGGGGCUGGAAAGUGCUGAGGACAAUUUCAGGACCCACAACCUUACCAUUACAGGAAAUGAGGAAUCCUCUUUUUGGCUACCCCUGUAUGGAAACAUGUGUUGCCGUUUAGUUGUCCAGCCCUCCUGCAUGGCCAGGGAUAUGAUGGCAGGAUUUCUAAAUCAGCAGCAAAUGGUAGGAGGUCUAACAAGCUGGAGGAGGCUGUAUUGUGUACUGAGAGGUGGCAAACUCCUUUGUUAUUACUCACCAGAAGAAAUUGAGGCUAAAGUGGAGCCAGCAUUGACAGUUUCCAUCAACAAGGAAACCAGGAUUCGAGCUGUGGAUAAGGACUCCAAGAGAAGAGCUAAUAACUUCUCUGUUAUCAACCCCGUGUCUGGAGAGGGUGUGACGCAACGUUUUGCUGCUGACAGUAGGGAUGAACUUCAUCAGUGGAUGGAGGCUUUCUGGCAGCACUUUUAUGAUCUCAGCCAGUGGAAGCAUUGUUGUGAGGAACUUAUGAAAAUUGAGAUUAUGUCACCACGGAAACCACCUUUGUUCUUGACAAAGGAAGCGACCUCCGUCUACCAUGAUAUGAGCAUUGAUUCUCCAGUGAAACCUGAGGGCUUAGCUGAUAUCAUACAUAGGAAAAUUGAAGAGAGCAAUGGUGAGUUCCUUCUUGGCCAGCAAAAAGAGUCUGCAUCUGCCCUGUGGGCAUCACUCUUUGAUGGAUCUCAUGAGAUGACUGUUCAGAAAAACAUGCAUCUGGACCCAAAAAGAGAUACUACAAGUCCUAAUGACAGCAGAGGAAAGAAAAGAAGAGCUCCACCUCCACCCUCUGAUAAGUCACCCUACAGUGCAGAAGCACAGGUGAACACAGAGCAGCUGGGCAAGGAAAACUGGAGGAAUCCUGACCACACACCUGCCAGCAGCUCUUCCUUUGAGUCAGUGUUAGCUACAAAAAUGCAGCAGUUGCAAACCCCCAUUGCUCCUCCUCGCAAAAUUGGUCUUUGUGGGAAAAGUGGUUUAGCUGGCCUGGGGAAUCCUGUUUCUCUGGAGAGCAAGACCAAGUCUGAAACCAAACCAGUCCCAACCCCUAGACAUAAAGGCAUCACAGAAAUACUAGACCCCAGGUCCUGGUUGCAUCCAUAGGCAUCAUAUUUAGCUUAGAGGAAUUGAAAGUUUCUCAGCCUUCUCCUAAUACUCUUCAUUAAAAGUAGAUUUUAGCAUUUAGCUCAAGUGUUUCCUGUGAGCCAGGGCAUUACUGCUAGCUGCAGCCUCAGCUGUUUAGUGCUGUAUCUAAAUAAUUGCACUGGAAUGGGGUGGGUGUUUCUGUCUGGAGUAACGGUGCUAUUUCUGAAAACAAUAGUUCAGUACUUUCCCCUUGAAAAAACCACAGUGUUCACGGUAACCUCAGCUGUCCCCACAGCAGGGAUGUUACCAGUGCCUUCUGCCAGUCCCUCAGCUUAGCCCAUCCACAGCUCCUCAGACUACUUAAGUGGGAAUUCACACAUAUUCAGCACAGAUCUUGCAAAGCUGAUUUUCUUGGGCUCCAUGCUUGCUGCAUCCUCUCUCUCCCUUGCUGUUUAGGAAACACUGCUUAUAUGGUAAUCAAGUAUGAAAAGCUUUUGUGCUGUUCUGAAUGGCUCUGUAACUCCAUACAAAUUUCUGAGGCAGUUCUAUCAAUUUAGUGUGGGAUUUCCCAAGUUCCUGCUGGUUCAUGUGCAAUUGGAAUGGACCAGAAUUAUCUGUCUUUGAGCAAGGAUGUGAUCCAUCACUGCUGUUUUAUUUUGGGCUAAGACAAGCAUUUAAAAGCAGUUGCUUGGGUAUGUGCACGUGCUCAUCUUACGGUUGUUUUUCCUGACAAACGUGGGUCUGUAACACAGCUCCUCCUUUGUGGAGCCUCUCAGCUGUUCCUGCUAGGGAGCUGGUUUGUAAACAAGCAGUGUUACUGGGAAGCAAACAGGGCUUUUUCACCACUUGUUCCUUCUGCAGUAGCAGAGAAUAAGCACUUCAGGUGAAGAUACUGAACUUUGAUAUUCUUUCAUCAGACUGUUCACCAGUUCUAUAAGAAGUCUGGGUUGUUAGGGUUCCUGUGGCACCUGCAAAACAUCUACUGUGUAAGAAAAAGCUGUGUUCUCUUGGAUCCACAGCUUAAAUACCCAGCCAUUUCCUUGGUUGAUGCAUUUGUCUCAGAUGCUGGAACUUAUCCAAGGGCAAAGGUCUGCUUGCAGUUCUCCCUCUGGAGACUUGGUGCUCAGACCUGUGUUGAGAGGGUCAUAUCAGCAACUCUAUACAUACAGUUCAUUUUUAUUUUCUUUUUCCCCAAAAUGUGGGUGGCUCUUGGAGCUUUACCAUUUCUCCAUAAGAUACCGUGGGCAUGGUUGGUUGGCUGUUUUAUUUUAUUUAAUUUUUUGUCUUCAGCUAUGCUCUUGGCUCCACAGUUGUAAAGGUAUCUGCUGAAUUCCCUCAGUAGUUCAUUUGGGAUGGGGUUGAGAGGCAGGCUUCAUUUACAAAUCCUUUUGCAGGAUUAGAGGCCUUUGUUCUAGAAUGUCCUUGUUCAUUCUUCAUUUAAUCACGUUCCAUUUUCCCUCUGAAACAACCAUAAUCAUUCUUACAAUAAAUCAUGCUGUUACUUAAGUGGAUGGUUUGUGAAUGGCUUAUAAAUAGGAACAGAAAAACUGAAGAAAAACUACAUGAUUAUGUAAAUCAGACAGUCAAAUAAGUGGACUGUACAACUCUGAAUAAGAAAUGGGAAAAAUUGGGAGGGGGGAAAGAAUAUUUUCCAAAAUGCAGCUGCAGUUUAUUUAGCUUUAAAUCUAGCCUUAAAGAUUUCUGUUCUCAGAAAGAAAAAAAUACCUUUUCUUGGUAACCCCCUUUAAUUUUGUAGUUAUAUUUUUAAAAAAUCUCAUAACUAUAUAAGGAAAGAAGGCACCAUAAUGAGGAUUUAUUUUUGAAUUCAACAGACCAUUGAAUUUCAACAAGCUGUUUCUCUAUUAAAUUCAGUGGCUUUGUUUUGAACUGAACAUACGUAUUUUAGCAAGGCAUUUAAUAUUAAUUUGAAGUCUUCAAGUGAUAAGAAUUCACUCAUACCUCCUGUUGCAAUACUUAAUUACCCCAGGUACAUUUUUCACUUGAUUUUCUAUUUGCAUUUCUAACUCCACCUUAAGUUAUUUUGGUCUUUUUAUGCAUUUGAUUGCUUAUAUUGAUCUCUGUAGUAUCAGCUUUUCUAAUUGCCUGUGUGUAGUUAUAAAUCAUGAUUAUGUCCCUUUUAACCUUUUCUCUGAUGAGACACACUGAAUUCCUUAACUUUCCUAUGGCAGUGAAUGUUAUCCAAGACUAAUUAAUCUUCACAUUCUUCUCUGGAUUUCUCAUGUACAGAAGUAUUUGUAAGGGUGACAUCUGAGUUAGAUGCCACAUGUCAAUAGUGAUCCAUCAGACUGUAUAGAGCCAUAAUGUGAUCCUCUUGCUCUGAUGAAUAUCUCCCUCCCUCUUUCCUCAAAAAUUGGAUUAUCUUCUUUUUUUUUUUUUUUUUUUUUGUGGAAGCAUUGCCUUGGAUGCUGACUGUUAUGGGCCAAGUCCUCUUUAGAGUCUUUCUCAAGAAUGUGGUACAUCAUCCUCUUAUGAUCUUACCUUAUAUUUUCUUGGAAAUACAGAUGGUAUUUUACCAGCAUUAAAAUACUGCUCAUGAAGUGAUCCAGACUGCUCUGUGUAAGUGACCUGUCCUCAUUCUUUACUACUCCAGCAGUCUGCGUGUCCUUUGCAAAUUUAUUGCAAGUGAUUUUUACAGUUUAUUCCAGAUCAUUGAUUUUUAAAAUUGAAUGCAAGGUAAGGUUUGUAGAGAGAGGUGAUAAGUUUUUAUUACAUCAGUGACAUGAGUAGGGGGUGGGGAAAAGCAAACAGGCAGGCCAUUGAAUUUCUGUCCCUUUUAUCUCAGAACCUUUAAAACUUUCAGUACGAUGGCAAACAGCUAUAUUUCUUGCUGAAUCCCUACUGUAUCUUGACAUUAUUAUGAUGAUAUUUUAAAGAAAAAUUACAUGUUCAUCUUGUUUUCAGAAAGUUACUCAGGGUUCUUGUGGGUAACACCUCAGUGCAGGUGUCUUUGCAAGUAAAAUGCAACCUGUUGUUCAAGACCUAUUCUCCAUGAAGCUGUUGAUAUUUUAUAUCUGUCCUUAAAUUAGACUCAUGUGGGCCAGUUCAUGAUAUUGCAGUAACCACCACUAAGCAAACAAGGCCAUUCAUUAUUCUGUUCAUCUGCUUCAGAACUACAUAAUCCCUGUUAUGAAGAAAGAGUUGAUUCAGGUUUUAGUAUUUAUUGUUACUUUGCCUUUCUUUCCCCUGCCCCGUUCUGUAUUGCCAUUAGCGCCUUUGCAUCUUCUGUGAAGCAAGUUGGUUUAACCAAUAAAGCCUGCAGGCUCCCAGGAACCACAGAGCUCAGCUAUACAAUAAAGUCAGUGCCCCUGGAGGAACUGCUGCUCCCAGGCAGCAGAGGAGAAUGUAAUGUUUCACCAUCUUAGCAGCUGCAUUCAAUGAGGAUGCUUUAAUUAUAUGACUACAAAUAUCAGGGAUGGAAACCCAAAAGUCAUUUGGCAUCUUCCUGCUGGGAAGGCUUGGAGGACCUGUGGCUCCCCCCAGCCCUUGUGUCCCAUUCCCCUGUGUUCACAUGUGUGUAGGCAAGUUGGAAUGCUGUUGCCUGGCUGGGAAGUCCAUUGAGAAACACUUCUGCCAGGGUGAAUGGCUCCAAUGAUCCAUUGUGGCACAGGGAGGACGUUGGUGGCACCUGCUGAACUACACGUGGGAUUAGAGACUUCUCUGAGGAACGUGUCAGGCCUGCUCUGAAAACUGUACCUGCUUGUUCUCUGCUGGGAUUAAUUAAUACUGCUUAAAGCCAGAAUUGAGUGAUCGGAUGCAGUCUUGAAGUGGGGGAGACAGUAGUCAGCCUGAACUCUUCUUUUAGGAAGUACAACUUGAAAUUAAUUGCUAGUUCAAACUUGAAUAUCAAUUUCACAGAACAUGCACUUCUGAAAUAUUGACUGAACAAAGCCUUAACUUAUUAACUUUUUAUAUUUACUUAAUGUCUUCAGCUGUUUACUUGGUUUUGGGAUGGUAGACGGUACUUUCUGUGGUUGUAAAGGCAUUACCUUCAAAUGCUUACAUCUUUACUAGUAUUGUGGGGUUUUUUUCCCAUGGUAAUAAUACUAAUAGUUAUUUUAUGGUGGCUUGUACGUAUUUGAAAAUACUGUCCUAGUAUUCAGAGUUGAUUUCUAAUUAAUGCAAACUGCCUUAAUAGAAAAAUGGAAAUUUGGACACUAAUGUAUUGUGAAAUGUUAGAACAGAAAUCUUCUUAUUUUGCUGCCAGCAUAUUGUAUUUCUGUUAAAAUAUGCAAGUGAAAUUAAAAACGUUUCUAGAAUAAAA